CAUUCUAGUUUUCAAAAUUAACGAACUUCUCGAAUCAACUGUCUAAUGCCACUUGUGAUCGUGUUUUUUGAAUUUAUUCAUCGUCGUUUAAUUUAAUGAAACAUUCAUAAAUGUUUAGAUGCGAUUGAAAAGACUUAUUUUUAAUGAAAGAAUUAUAAUUGUGUUUAUUAAUUUGUACGAUAGAUCGAGUUUCGUUGUAUCAUGUCCCAGUUUAACUAUUUGAACGAAAUAAACAGCUUAGCUACAAUGGAUGGCCCUAUAACCCGAGGUCCAUUGCAACGGUGGGCUAAAAAAGGCUGUAAUGAAAAUAUAAAUCCGUCUCUCAGUAACUCUUUCAAGAAUCAUUCAAAUAUUAACAUAAGUUCGUGUAAUCAAUCGCUGCAGAAACUGUCCAUAUCUGCUAAUCAAAGUUGUAACAAUAGUGCAUUGUCCAAUAAUAAAACACCAACGAGAAAUGAAAAUAAGAAAGGAAAAAAGACUCCUUCGAAAACGAAGUCUCCAGGUCAUUCAACAACACCAACCCCAAACAAAGCAUCAAAGACACCUAAUAAAGCUGAUAGAUUCAUCCCAUCAAGGAGUAAUUCAAAUUAUGACCUAUGCCACUAUAUGUUGAGUCGUGAUGAUGACAAAAGUGAGGAAACCCCACAAACAGCUGCCGGAGAAGCAAUAGGUAGAGCUCUGAAUGAUACUGAACCAGGUCGCCUCCUCCAGUAUACUUGUAAAGCACCAGCAGCACCCGAAGGCUACCAGAACAGACUUAGAGUAGUAUAUUCACAGACAAAAGUUCCGUCAUCAGUAAAAUGCAACACUAGAUACAUACCUCAGGCUCCUGACAGGAUACUUGAUGCUCCUGAAAUUUUAGAUGACUAUUAUUUGAACCUUGUCGAUUGGAGUGCAUCAAACAUUCUUGCAGUAGCAUUAGGAAACUCUGUAUAUCUAUGGAAUGCUGGCACGGGACAAAUAGAACAACUUCUAACCCUUGAAGGAGCAGAGACAGUCUGUUCUGUGGGAUGGGUGCAAGGUGGUGGAUCGCAUCUGGCUGUUGGGACUUCAAUGGCAACUGUAGAAUUGUGGGACUGUGAAAAGAUCAAACGUUUGAGGGUAAUGGAUGGUCACAGCGGUCGUGUCGGUUCUCUGGCUUGGAACAUGUACAUAGUGUCAAGUGGUGCCAGAGAUGGACACAUUGUUCACCACGACGUCAGGCAAAGAGAUCAUGCUGUCGCCAACAUACAUGGACAUACACAAGAGAUCUGCGGACUGAAAUGGUCACCUGACGGUAGAUAUCUUGCAUCGGGCGGCAACGAUAAUCUGCUGAACAUUUGGCCAAUUGCACAAGGACAACAUUAUUCACAGCCACAACAUAUACUUUCAUUCAAUCAACAUCUAGCCGCAGUGAAAGGUCUCGCGUGGUGUCCGUGGAGCGCCGGCAUCCUCGCGUCCGGCGGCGGUACGGCCGACAGAACUAUACGGUUAUGGAACAUCAGUACUGGAUCCAAUCUUAAUACUGUUGACACUAAAUCUCAGGUUUGCUCUAUAGUAUGGAGCACUCACUACAAGGAGCUUAUCUCGGGUCAUGGGUAUGCUCAUAACCAACUAAUCAUAUGGAAGUAUCCAACAAUGUCAAGAGUUGCAGAAUUGUCAGGACAUAUGGCCAGAGUACUGCACCUUGCAUUAUCGCCUGAUGGUACUACAGUACUAUCUGCUGGCGCUGACGAAACCCUAAGAUUAUGGAAGUGCUUUAUGUUAGAUCCAUCAAAGAAAAAAGAACCUACUGACGCGAAGGCAGCUAAGUCGCUGCUGAAUCUCAAUUCUCUCAUCAGAUAGUCUCUAAUGCUAUUAUUGUAGCGUUACAUGUAAUAUUUGACUGAAAUCAAUUGUGAUGUAUCUUUUAAUUCUUAAGAUAAAAAAAAUUAUAAUUACAUUCUUGCAAAACCUGACUCAUUCCACCGACUAUGUUACCUGUAAUGACAUUUUUAUUUAUGUUUGUUUCAUAGCCUAAGUUUAGUUUGAACAUUUCUUAAUAACUUCAAAGGCAGACAAGCUUACAGCCCACAUGAUCAACAGAUUAAAAUUAUAAAAAAAUCCAUGAGAUAUUGCAUUGUUAAUUUAAAUUGAAUGAGAAGAUCAAAUCCUGUCACCAAUGUUUUAUUCGAGUAACAAUUAAAAAUUCAUCGGAUUUAGUGCUCUAAAUAGAACUGAUUUGUAUCAAAAAGUAACAUGGGUUCUGUGUAUAUUUAACUGGUAGAUCUGGUAAUUAAUUACUUUUCAUUGAAUUGGUUGGAAGUCCAAUAUUCCAUUCUCUGUUUUCAACCAAUACUAAAUUGUGACAUGAUAAUCUAUAAUUCGACGACUAUUAUUAGUUUUGAAUCGAACGUAAUGUUCUUUGAAUUUUUAAUAAAUUUAAGUUCAUAUGAACUUAUUCUAUUUACGUGAUAUAAUUUUGACGGUAAAGAUGUUGUUUUAACAUCUACUCUUGAUUUUUGACAGAAUAGAAGUUGAGGUCGUAAAAUGUGUAGCUGAUGUUGAGUUCUUUCCUUUAUGUUUUCUGUAUUUUGUAUGCUUCUUUUCUGGCUUUCUUUUAGUUCUCUAACAUUUCAUUACCUCGGCUUCCAUGUUUUAUGGGCUUUGUUUUAUUAUUCUUAUCUGAAUUAGUUUUGUGAUUGUAUUAUUUCUAUUACUUUUAAAUAUUAAUUUCUAAAAGACCAUUAUUUUGUAAUGUUUACAGUGAGAUAAUAAAGAGCUUGACAUUUAAA